AGCAGUGACUUCCGGAAACACAGCACAUUGACACACAACACGGUGCCACUCACUCCUCUCCGCACAGCUCCUGGUGCACAACGCAGCAACACUCCGGCCCGGGGCCCCAAAUAUUGGGUGACAGGUAGUGCUCUGGCCUGGCACCCGAACACAAGACAGCGCGGUCAGGCACCCGAACACAGGCCAACGUCCAGCACCGCAGCCACGGACCCCCAAUAGCGGCGUGAUGGACACAAUCGGUGUGAUGUACUCCGUUGCUGUUGUCCUCCCCAUAAUUGUUAUCACUGGCCUGUGUAUCGGCUGCCGAAAGAAGAUACCAAUUCACAUAACAGAGACGGGGUAUUACGAUGACAAGCCUCCAUACACUCCACCUUCAGAUUUUACGAUCAUCAGGCGACCCCAAGUUCUCCCGCGAUCAGUCUCCUCUCAGGGCACCAUGUGCCACCAUGAUGUCCUGCUCUCUAUUCCGAGGUCCCCAGUCCCCGAGAGCCGGAGAAGUUCAGUGGGAAGAGAAAUCAAAGUUUACCCAAAUAGUUGUGACUCCAUAACACACUCAGCAAGUGCUCCCCUCUUAAAAAGCAAGAGUAUAGAAGAUGAUGAUGAUUAUGAUGAUGAAGGAUCAGAUCCGAACUACACCAACGACAACCCUUGCUGUGGAUACAUCGAGGUACUGCCAGAUGAGGGGAUCACACAGCUUGGACCAGUCCUGGUAGUUACAAGUGAAGUGGAUAACAGAACAAGCUUCUCCUCAGUUGGCACCGAUGAAAAUUAUGUAAAUAUUGGCGAUUCUGACGACGCAAAAACAUCUUCAACCAAUGGCAACUACGUUAACGUUGGAGAUGCCAGUGAUAUAAAGGGUAAUUCAAUUAUAGCAGCAAGAGCAACUGUGGAAGAGGAGGUCAGGAGAAGUGAUCAUAUCGAUGACAAAAGUUCCACAGUAUCACGUGAAAGUCUGGAGUAUGUGAAUGUAGAAGAAGAUGAAACACAUCCCAGCUCCAUUAACCAGGAGAGUGAAGAUGAUGAUAUGCCAGAGUAUGAAAACAUUGAGAAAGGGCAUAAAGGACUCCACACCUGCUGAAGGACGAGCCAUUGUUUUACUUCAGAUGACCAACCCUGAUUUUUCUAGGCUGUGCCCAAAAGAAAAUCUUUUUGAUGGACUGUAAUGCUUUAAAUUGACCUGUUUUGCUUGGAUUUCCUUGUUGAGUUGACCUUCAUUUGUCCUUACUGGGACAUUUUACAUUGAGAUGCUAUGCCAGUCUUUGUUUAGUAUGUGGAAUGGGUUUCCAUGAUCAUUUUCAACCAAGAACAUGAAUUUUAGUUGAGCUGACGAGUCUGAGAUAAAGAGGUUGAAGAUGACAUAUGGAGAUAGACCUACAACACUCCUCUCCCUGCUUAUCAUGAUCUGCUACAGGUCAAGUUUGACCUCCAUUUAUGUUAUUAUCCAAGAUAAGAAAUGGAGACAGUAGUUGGCUUCUUCUAAAUAACAAAAGAACUCAACUACUACGAGGUAGAUCUUCCCGAAAACUCUCGUUAUGAAUAUUUUUCAAUAAUUUUUACUAAUUACAAAUUUUUUCCCUAUUGAGGGACAGACAGCACCAAGCCAGGACCAAUAACAAAAUGUGUCUAAAAUAUUAGACAAAUUAAGCAAAAGUGAGACUUUUCUUAAGUACUUGAUGGUUUGGAUCUUUCCAGAACCAUCCACUAUAUGAAGGCUCCAUAUAAAGCAGUGGUUUCCAAGCUUUGGUUCUUCAGCUGUUGCAGACCUAAAACUUCCAACAUGGCCUGCCAUGACACGCUGAGAGUUGUAGUUUUAUAAGAGCGCCACUAAUCAAUCCUGAGAAGUAUAUAUAGUAGUGCAUGGAUUUAUUAUUUAUACUGUGUAGAUAUUUUUAUGUUUUCAAUAUUUUGUAGACCAAACCCUGAGAUGUUCGCAGCUUUUAUGACCACAGACAUUAUGGUCAGAGCCAUUGUAGAUGCAUAUUUAUAAGUAAGGGGGGUCUAUCACCUUACAAUACCCAAGGACCACCUACCUUGUAUCUACAGUGAUAGGCCUGUAUUCUGCAUUUCCUCACUAUCAUUAAACCCUAUCCUUAUGUCUAAAUUCAUUUUUUUAUUUUUAUUUUUUGAGAAAUGUCAAAAUAUUCAUCGUUCCAAGUUAUAAAUGAUAUAAAUAGACAGGACCUGAUUAUUUGCAGUAGUACAUGUGUUUUAUUUAUUUUUCUUAUUCUUUACUCUUUUUUUAUAUAAUUGUAUUACUAUGCUAUUAAAAGUCUUCAAAAUCAA